GAAAACUCGACGUUGGCGUGGACGCCGUCCAGCACGCGGUAGAAGGACUGACCUAUCUUCUUACCGAAAGCUCCAAGCUCAUGAUUUCUGAGACAGACUUCCAAGAUUCCAUUCAUGUUCUGGGAUUCCCGGAUGAACUGAACAGACUAUUGCUCCAGCUGUACCUUGAGAACCGGAAGGAGAUCAGAAGCAUUCUCAGCGAGCUGGCCCCAAAGCUUCCCAGCUACCACAAUCUCGAGUGGAGGCUGGAUGUGCAGCUUGCCAGCAGGAGUCUGAGACAGCAGAUUAAGCCUGUGGUGACACUGAAGCUGCACCUUAAUCACAGCGAAGAUCGCACCGCCCGGGUGUUGCAAACCGACCCUUCUACCCUCCUCCACCUCAUCCAGCAGCUGGAACAGGCGCUGGGGGAGAUGAAGACAAAUCACUGCAGGAGGAUCGUGCGCAACAUGAAGUAG